CCUGCUAUCUGAUUCGUGUCUUCUCCAAGGGAAUUAUGCUUCGCCUGAGUCCGUCCAUCGGUUAUCCAACGGUAGGCAGAUUCUUGAACAAAACCCUCUCCGUUUCGCAUCGACUCUCUCUCCCCAAGGCCCCAUCCUCGUAGCGCAGCGCUGGUAAGAAUUCGACUCCUUUCCCGCUUUCGUCCUGGGCUCGGCCUUCUGCCGCCGCACGAGCCCUUCCUUCCAUGGCCUCCGGAAUCGGUGAGAGCACGCCGGCCGCGUCGGACCGUAAGAAACGCGCGCUCGAGGCGCUGGAACGAAGGUUCGCAGCCGAGGCCGAGCGCCUCCAAGACCACCAGGAGGACCAGAAGGCGAAGCGAGCUCGGAUCCCGGUGGGAGACGCCGAAUCCGACCAGCGCAAAAGAUUCCAUUCGCUCGAACGAAGGUCCGCCGCUGAGGCCGGGCGCCUCCAGGAGCCCCAUCACCAGGAUAGCCGGAAGUCCAAGCGAGCUCCGAACUCAGCGGGCGACGGUGAAUCCGAGAAGCACAAGGAAGGCCACCCUACGACGUCCGCCGCCUCCGCUUCGUCGAAGAAAGAUGAAGUUCACCCUGUUUAUUCAGAGAUUUCUGGCAUUGUGCAUGAGAAUUUGUUACGAGCUAGCGAUCUCAAGGUUCCAAGUACAAGGGAUACUGUGAGCAAAGUCAUCAACGAUAUUGUUCAGAAGGGUGGUGAGGGCAGUAAAUAUGCAAAGCGUGGCAAAAGCUUGAGAAUUGACAAUUGGAUCCUUCUGGAUAAUUUCGUGCCCAAGGAUGAUAGUUUGAUGGAUGCUCGCUUAAAGGCUUUAAGGAGCCACUCAAAACGGUCAAAGAAGCACAUGUCAAGGAGGCAACACAGGAAAUGCGGAUCAUUCAACCUGCCAAAUGAGUACCAUAACUUUGAUCUCUUCAAGCCAAUGCAUGAAAUGUGGAAAGAGUACAUUGUUGAGCUUCUGAAAGAAGUGGGGAAAAAACAGCUAGCGGAGUGCCUUCUCAUGGCAGACUUGCAUGGUGCCCAUCUUCUAGUUGUUGAAUGUAAAACGGCUGCCUUCAAGGGUAUAAAUGGUAUUAUGAUUCGCGAAACUGCUGAGACCUUUGGGAUAAUUACACAAGACAACUGCUUCCGAGUUGUUCCCAAAAUGGGUUCCAUUUUCAUUUUUCAAGCUGAUUGUUGGAAGAUCACACUGCAUGGUGACAAGUUGUCAAAAAGACCAUUGAGCCGAAAGAACACUAACCGGCUAUCUAGAUGAAACGAAGCUGAUUAUCGAAUUGGUUGCUGUUCUUUAGAUUGGAACAGUAGUCUGCUUCUUAUUUGAGUUCUAUGGCUAAUACAGGAGCAGUUUCGUGAUGCUGCUCUAGCUUCUUCCACCUUUUUAGGUGGAGAGUGUCACUUCUAAAUGAACACAUAUCUUCAGUAUCUACCUGUGAGGAAGCUCUUCCCUUUUUUAGGCAUGGUCCAAUGGUGUUACAUUCUUUUGUCAUCUUAAUUUGUCUGCUAUAGAAUGGUUUUUGACCUAUUUCUGUAUCAACAUCUCUGCAUCUUAACGUGCAUUUUUGUCGAUAUUUUCAGCAGA